CGUUUCAGUCCCCCAAUGUAAAUCGUCAACGGGGCGUUUCGUCGUUGGGAAAGAAACUGCUCCCGAUUUGGAUAUACCAAUUGGAGUCUCUCAGAAACUGAAUAUUCAAUUCUGUUCUUUCCAAUUUCCAAAGAUGGCUGACGGGAACGCGCACUCGCGGUACGUGAAGUUGACGAAGGAUCAAGCGCCAUUGGAGGAGAUCACCCCCGGAGAGCUCAACCAACCCAUUCAAAUCCCUCAGUUAGUCGUUCAUAAAUGUAAUGAAUGUGGGCAACCGCUACCUGAAAGCUAUCAUCCACCUGCUGAUGAAGAUUGGACGACUGGAAUUUUUGGCUGUACAGAAGAUUCUGAAAGUUGCUGGACAGGGCUCUUCUGCCCGUGUGUUUUGUUUGGACGUAAUGUUGAAGCUUUGCAUGAUAUUCCUUGGACCAAUGCAUGCGUUUGUCAUGGCAUGUGUGUUGAAGGUGGAAUUGCACUUGCAGCUGCGAUAGGUCUCUACCAUGGUAUUGAUCCUAAGACAUCAUUUCUCAUUUGCGAGGGCCUGUUAUUUGCUUGGUGGAUGUGUGGCAUCUACACUGGUCUGUUUCGACAAUCAUUGCAGAAGAAAUAUCAUCUUAAGAACUCACCAUGUGAUCCCUGCCUAGUGCAUUGCUGCAUGCACUGGUGUGCCAUUUGCCAGGAGCACAGGGAGAUGAAGAAUCAUCUAUCUGAUAAUGCCGACGUGGCCAUGACCAUUGUUAACCCUCCACCAGUUCAGGAGAUGAGCACCGGUGAGACCAAGGAAACUGAAUCGUCUGCAGCAACAGCAUCUUCUGGAAAUGGCGAGCAAAGCAAUCUGGAAAUUCAGCCUUCCUAGGAUUUUAACUUUGCUUAUACAGAAGUCAAAAAGAAAUUCUUUCCCGUAUUUCAAUUUCUUUUUGAGGGUGAGAAGUGGAUCAACAUGUGCAGAGAGCCUUACGUCAAAGUGCUAAGUUUUUGGGUGUUUGAAAAUUAUUGUACAUCAACGAGACUGGACUACCAUGGUAGCAACAAUGUAACACCGAUAUAUAUUUGGCAAGUUAAUGUGAACAUCAAUUAAUCAA